AAAAAUAGGAAUCUGCUUUUGAUUUCAUAGUAUAAUUGAGUUUACACCCCCACCUGCACAGUCCGAAAAAGCCUCCAUUACAGAUGUAUUCCAAUUACCAAACGCUUUUUGGGUUUCCACUGUCUGUGGAAAAACUGAAGAUUAUGAAGAUAAACAAAGUGGUGUCACUUCCUUCAGCGGCAGCUCUUAAAUCUUUCUGUUCCAAGACCUGUUGAGGAAAGCUAGCUAGCAUAUUGAAAGAUCCUGUGCACAGACUUGAAAUACGUUCAGAAAUAUGGACAUGGUAAAUAAUGCAAACUCAGCAGCAACAUCAUCACCAUCACAAACGCAGGUGGUUGUUCCUAUGGCUUCUGCUCAAUUUUCAAGCCCUUCCGUUGAAUUAACAACAUCAUCACCACCGGCACAUGUGGUUCAGAUGGCUUCUCCUCAACCUCGACACCCUUCCCGUCACAUACUGGAAAACAAAAGGGAAUACUUAGAAAAAUGUAUACCCCUUUAUAAGCUAGCAUUGAGGGGUGAUUGGAAUGCAGCCAGACGCAUGAUAGAUGCAGACACUAGUCUAUUAAACGCUGCUAUAACAAAGGAAUGGGGUACACUACUUCAUGUUGCGGCAGGAACAGACCAAGUUCACUUUGUGGAUCUGCUGGUUAAAUUACUGAACCCUGAUGACCUAGAACUGAAAAAUUUCAACGGAAACACCGCGUUUUGCUAUGCUGCUGCAUCUGGAAACCUGCAGAUUGCUUCUCUGAUGAUCAAGAAAAAUGCAGGCCUACCGAAAAUUCGGGGCGGAGAAGGAGCCACUCCUUUAUACAUGGCUGCCUUACAAGGAAAAGGUGACAUGGCUAGGCAUCUCUAUGACCUGACUACUGACAUUUUAGAAGGAGAUGAGUGGACUACACUGUUCUUCCUUUGCAUAAAGAAUGGAUUGUAUGAUAUAGCUUUGAAAAUGUUACAAGAACACUCAAUGCUGGCAUUGGAAAGGGAUGAGAACAACGAUACAGCCUUGCAUCUCUUGGCUCGAAUGCCAAGUGGCUUUACUGGUCAUGGUCAAUGGUAUCCUCCAAGCCAAAUCUUGAACUAUAGCAUGAAGCCAACUCCAUUCGUUCAACUUGUUGAGUGUCUUUGGAACAAGCUUCUUGAACAAGAUUACGAUGAAACAGAGAUGAGGACUUUCAUAAGUGUACCAUCACAAAUAACAUUUGAUGCUACACAAGUUGGAAAUUUUCAAUUUGUAGCUGCACUUAUGAGGUCUUACCCUGAUUUAUUAUGGGAAGUGGAUGACAAAAACCGAAGCAUAAUUCACAUUGCUGUUAUACAUCGGCAUUCUAGCAUCUAUAGUCUAAUACACGAACUAGGCUCCUUCAAGGAUUUCAUAGCAACUUUUGAAGACGAUGAAGGAAACAACAUUUUGCACUAUGCUGCUAAGUUGACACCUCCUGAUAAACUUGGCUUAAUUUCUGGAGCAGCUCUUCAGAUGACACAUGAAUUAUUAUGGUUCAAGGAGGUGAAAGAGUUAAUGCUGCUAUUAGAUGUAGAGAAGAAAAAUGCUAAAGGAAAAACUCCACGUGAAAUAUUUGCUGAGGAGCACAAAGAAUUAUUGACAAAGGCAGAGUCAUGGACAAAGAGCACAUCUAUUAGCUGCAUGCUUGUUUCUACACUCAUAACCGCAGGAGUUUUCACUGCAACAUUCAUGCUACCUGGUGGCAUCCAUAAAAAAACACAAACUCCCAACUUUUUGCACAAACCAGCAUUCCUAGCAUUUUCAUUAUCAGUAGCAUUUGCACUGAUAUCAGCAUCAGCAUCCAUACUAAUGUUCCUGUCUAUACUAAUUUCAAGCUAUGCAGAGGAAGAAUGUUUCAAGUUGCUCCCUAAAAGGUUACUAAUUGGAAUGGUGGCACAAAUUAUCUCCAUCACAAACAUGAUGGUAGCUUUCAGUGCUGCAUUUUGCAUGUCAUAUUCCCAUGGUUCAAAGUGGGUUCAAAUUUUCAUAUUUGUCAUUUCAAUUGUGCCCUUAUUCUUGUUGUUUCCACUUUGUUGGUUUGAUAUUAUCCGCUCAUCUUACUUUUGCAUGCCUCUAUUUCGGAGGAGAAAGUAAGCACUUAACUAACUAGAGACGGAUAUUCUAGACUCUUCCCUAUUAUUAUAGAUUUGUAUGUAGUUGUAUGCUGGAUAAACUCUUCCCUAAAUAUAUUUUUAGUAUAAAAUACAGAUAUCUUUUACUAGAGA